UCAUCCGCAUCAUGUGACCAAAAACCCGGAAGCGCAAAUCAUUCAAGAUGUCGCAGCACGGAAUUACGAGCUAUUGAGUUCCCAUAUCUUUCUUCUUUUUUUGUCCAUAAUUAAAAAUACAAAAUGCAAAAUUACGAUAAAACACCCGUGGACUCCAUGCCUCCAACCGCGCCUGAUUUCAGAGGGAAUGACGGUUCACUUGUCUCUGUACUCAAGACGCUAUUGUUUUUCACUCUUCUGAUGAUAACUCUACCCAUCGGACUGUAUUUUACAUCAAAGUCUUUUCUCUUUGAAGCCUCUCUGGGAUACUCCAGCAAUGACAGCUACUUCUAUGCCGCCAUCGUUGCUGUGUUUGCUGUCCAUGUGGUUCUGGCGCUCUUCGUUUAUGUUGCAUGGAAUGAGGGAUCACGCCAAUGGAGAGAGGGAAAACAGGAUUAAGCAAGACUAUAAAAACUACAGGGAGAGAUGGAAACAUGCACAACACUGUCUUAUUCAUUCCUGAACCAGAGCAUCAUAAUGGAGUGACACCAUCUCUCUGUGUGUUUACUUUUCUCCUGAAUGUCUCAGCCUAUCAGAGAGAAGAUGCCUGAUUUCUCCUUCAUCUCAUGAAAUGGUUGAGGUCAUCUUUGUUGUCAGAAGGUGUUAGAUGAUAAUGUGUGUUUUUGUGCAGGGUUAAUACAGGACAGAAGAGAAGACACACUGUUCUCAUGAAAGUUCAUUGUUCCUGCAGUUUCAUUUCAGUCUAUCCCAUAGAUGAAUCCGAUUCUGAAUCAACAGAUUUCAAGCAGUUGUAUUCAGACCUUAGGCCUUCUGUGUAAUUUCAAUGUCUUCCCUUUUUUUUUUUUUUACACAAACAUGCAGUGAUCAUGUAGACAGUUGGAACUAGUGUGUGUGUGUGUGUGUGUGUGUGUCUGUGUGAUUGUUAAAAAAAAAAUCCAAAAUUUAUAAUUUCAUGUUGUUUUAUUGAUCACUUUUUACUGGAAAUUCACACUUUUGAAGCCCGAGGAGUAUUGUGGUUCUUACUAGACAUUUUAUCAUUUAUAAAUAUUGUUUAAAAUGGCAGUUCUGAGUGGGGUAAGAGUUAAUAUGUUGGCAUUAUGUGUUUUAGAUCAAUGUAGCAAAUAAAUCAACACACCAUCU